ACGCAUUACCCGGGCGCAAAGUUUUGUUGUUGAGACACACUUGAACAUUUUUAGUAAGCCUAGUCUGUGUUCACUCGCUAUUUUAAACGUAACUCCGCGUCAAAGAGAAAAAGUUAAACCUUCCUGGACACAGAAGUAGUUGGGACGCUGUGCUUCAAAGUGGGAACUUUUUUAGUCUUCCCUAAUUCUGCUGCGAUACAAACUUUGAAAGCCAUGCGAUCAAAGCUGUAUGUUUUAGCACAGAUGCACAACACGGGAUGAAGCCACAAACCAUUCUGAUUUGUCCGUUUGGAAAGGUUUUCGUCAGACCACAAGAGGUAAGCUAAUGCACCACUAGCCUAUCAACUUGACAGCAAAGGUCACCUGGAUCUACCUGAGUAGAGCUGAAUUAGAUACUCACUUUCUGCAUGAAAUAAAACAAGCCUAAAAGUAGCAAUGAGUGGACAGGGCUGUCAGCUCCUCAUCUCUCCUUGUAAUGUGUCUCCAUCUAUAAGUCUGAUUAAGGGCCACCAGUCUCAGACGAUCAGAUUUCCCAUCACCUCACAAAGGACCAGUCAGAGUCCAAACUCAAGUACUGACAAACUACACAAGCUAAGUGGAAACUCAGCAACCACUGUACAAAGCCAUACUCCUCUAUCUUCACUGAGUCUGAGACGACAGGUGUUGACCAAUGGGAGAAAUGCUGCUGUGCCACACACCUCAGUACAAGAUGAGAGGACUUAUUAUAAAGCAGGUGUUUCUGUUUCUGGACCUUCUAUGCAAGUGUUUGGUCAUCCAGCUAGUGCCAUUCUGACAGCAGCCCCACCUUUAAUCUCCAGUCAAGCCUACCCUGAUCCUCAUCCCCCACUUUAUCCUCCAGGUGUCCCUGCUCCUCACAGCGAUGCCAGAUCAUUAUUUUCAAGAGAGUCACUGGCAUCAACCACCCUGAGCCAGUUUGAAACACAGUCUGUGUUCAGCAGCAGACAUGACUGGCCAUAUGGCUACCGUGUCCUGCCUCCACUGGGUCCUGCGGCGAGCUCCACCCAGGUCACCUCCGAGGGCAAUGAGCAGAUCAGCCAUCCCCCCGAAACAGCCCUGUCUGGCACCACUAUAUCAGGUGGUACAAGCACCUCCGCCUCCUUGCCUUCAUACUUGUUCGCUGUGGACAUUACAAGCCCUAAGCAGCCAUGCUCAAAGAAGCGCGCCCUCUCUAUUUCACCCUUGUCAGAUGUCAUGGGUAUUGACUUCAACUCAAUCAUACGCACCUCGCCCACCUCUCUAGUGGCUUAUAUCAAUGGAGCCCGGAGCUCUCCUUCGUCACACCCCACUCUGUCACCUGCUCAUUCUGACAGUUAUGGUCAUUUUCUGGGUGUAAGAGGUUGUUCUAUCCCCCAGACACAACCAUACAUUAACACAACACAAGGCUCUUCUCAGGCGGUCACCAAAAACAAUGAACACAACCAAAUUCAUAACCUUGAAUUAGGAAGCGGCCUUGAGAGCCAAAUGGCCAACAUGAUGGUUGAACAAAACUGUUUAUCUGAUACAGAAGGCACACAAAGUAUGAGCCAUACCAGCCCAAACUUGAUGCCAUUUCGGGCUGUGAAUCCGGCACAUGUCAUGAUCCAUGAACCUGAAACUCCAAUCGGGCCGCCUCCACCUUAUCAUUCCCAUCAAUAUUUUUAUAGGCGACACCAUAAACAAUACUCAGACUGCUAUAUGCAGAAUCCAGCGGCUCCUUUCAGACAUGUUGUGAGCUUCUUACCCCAGGUGCCCAUGCUGGAGGAAGAGGAGGGUGAGGUGGAGGAGUAUGGUGGGCACAUGUGCAGGUGGAUGGAGUGCAGUGCCAUCUAUAAUCAGAAAGAUGAGCUGGUGAAACACAUAGAGAAACUCCAUGUGGACCAGCGUAAGGCUGAAGACUUCACGUGCUACUGGGAGGGAUGCCCACGCAAGCACAAGCCCUUUAAUGCCAGAUACAAGCUGCUGAUCCAUAUGAGGGUCCAUUCAGGGGAGAGACCUAACAAGUGCACGUUUGAAGGGUGUAAGAAGGCGUUUUCUCGGCUUGAAAACCUGAAGAUCCAUCUCAGGAGCCACACUGGAGAGAAACCCUAUGUCUGUCAACACCCAGGCUGCAACAAGGCUUUCAGUAACUCCAGUGAUCGAGCCAAGCACCAGCGCACUCACCUGGACACAAAGCCUUAUGCAUGUAAUGUGCCAGGUUGUGCAAAGAGAUACACUGACCCAAGCUCUUUGAGAAAACACAUCAAAUCUCACUCAAUAAAGGAGCAGCAGCUACGCAAGAAGAUGAAAUCAUCUGUUGAUACUGGCCAGGAUCUAUUGAUAGACUGUUUAACCAUCCAGCCCCUCCAGCACAGCCUCUCACCCUCGAUGAAGAAGGACAUCAGGCUGCAUCUGCCCUCAGGCUCUUGUCACAGCACAGUCUCUGCUGCCCCACAGGGACAAAACUCACCUGGCAAUUCCCACCUGCUGUCGCUGAACUCCUUACCAGAUAAUUACAGGUUUGUUGAUCGCUCCCUUCAUCAGCUCUUUCCUGAAGAUCAGAGUGGCCCCUCCACCUGCUGCGCACUUCCUCCCACUGGGACAGCCCUACACACCAGUAAGGAUCUGAAAAAGUCCUGCCUGACUCCCAGUUCACUGAAUCACAAACCAGAACUUGCAGAGCAGAUGAACCUGUUGUCUUGUUCUUCACAAUAUGAGGACAUGGCAGCACACACCAGACUGAGUCACCUGAUGCAAGUUGAUGCCUUUUCUCUUGAGGUCAAUAAUCCCAUUGGGGUUGGAGCAGUCCUUUCUAACAACAUUGGAAAUUGAAGUGAAUUCUAUAUUUAACAGUUCUUACAAGUGCAUGAUGUAAGUAAGUGUCCGUCACUGGUUUGUCUCAUGAAAAGUAUUAUUGCAUUGCCUGUAUGUUCCACUGUAUGGUAUAAACAAAUCUUUCUUCUAUUUAUUCAAUUACAGUUGCUUUUAUUGCCAAAACAUAGUUUCAUCUCCAUGGACAAAAGUGACAUAGUGCCCCUUUAAAGAUUUGUCAAUUUUUGUUUUGUUCAUGUUGUAUUGAAGUAAUUUUGAUAUAAAUUGUACUGAAAACAUA